AUGUCUAAACAAAUAAAAUUAUUUUUGUUUUUAACAUUUCUUCAAUUAAUAACAAUAAUUUAUAUAAAUGCCCAAUUUAAUUAUAAUCAAAGAGGAGGUACUUGUUGUUGCUGUAGUGAAUAUGCGCAACAUCCAGUACCCUAUUCCUCGUGCUGUGGCCGCCGUAAAAGACAGUUACUCUCAGCUCUUGUAGAUUUUGAUCGUCGUCUUUAUUGUUGCUCUGUUACUGGAAGAAAACGUCGUGAGCACAAACAAUUCACCUUCAGGCUUAUAAGUUCGGUUCCAUUAUUGUACUUUUUUCCAAAAGAUUCGGUGUUCGCAAAAUUUCAGUUCCUCCCAAUGCUAAAGCACUGUUCAUAAAACAUUUAAAAAUUCUGGUCUAUUUUG